CCUUUCGUUUCUUCUUCAAAUCUCUUUUACUUUCUACAUUUCUCUGCCAAUUUCUUGCUUAUUCCCAUUUUUUAAUGUAUAAAUACCACCCUCAUUCCCAUUAGCUCUUCAACCAGAAAAAUUCGGCAAACCAAAGUUGAUUAAAAAAACUCUCAAAUCCUUUCAGUUUAGUUUCUUCUUGUAACCUACUCUUUGUUUAUCGAUAAUGGCUGCCAAAGCUGAAGGAAAGGCGAUUGGGAUUGAUCUCGGGACCACUUACAGUUGUGUUGGGGUGUGGCAGAACGAUCGGGUGGAGAUAAUAGCCAACGAUCAAGGCAACCGUACCACUCCUUCUUACGUAGCCUUUACUGACACCGAGCGGCUCAUUGGAGAUGCGGCCAAGAACCAAGUCGCCAUGAACCCUUCAAACACUGUUUUCGACGCUAAACGUCUGAUUGGUCGUCGGUUCACUGACCCUUCGGUGCAAAGCGAUAUGAAGCAUUGGCCAUUUAAGGUCAUUGCUGGUCCUGGUGAUAAGCCAAUGAUUGUGGUAACUUACAAAGGUGAAGAGAAACAGUUUGCUGCAGAAGAGAUUUCUUCAAUGGUGUUGAUUAAGAUGAAGGAGGUUGCGGAGGCUUACUUGGGUCAAAGUGUGAAAAAUGCUGUUAUUACAGUCCCUGCUUAUUUCAAUGAUUCCCAAAGACAAGCUACAAAGGAUGCUGGUGCUAUUUCUGGACUCAAUGUUUUGAGGAUUAUCAAUGAACCAACUGCUGCUGCUAUUGCAUAUGGGUUGGACAAGAAAGCUUCCCGGUCUGGUGAAAAAAACGUUUUGAUCUUUGAUCUCGGUGGGGGUACUUUUGAUGUCUCAUUGUUGACGAUUGAAGAAGGGAUCUUUGAAGUUAAAGCCACCGCCGGUGAUACUCAUCUCGGCGGCGAGGAUUUCGAUAACAGGUUGGUGAAUCAUUUCGUACAAGAGUUCAAGAGGAAGCACAAGAAGGAUAUUAGUAGUAAUGCAAGGGCGUUGAGACGGCUGAGGACUGCUUGUGAGAGGGCGAAGAGGACAUUGUCAUCUACUGCUCAAACCACCAUUGAGAUUGAUUCGUUAUUUGAAGGUAUUGAUUUCUAUUCCACCAUUACAAGGGCUAGGUUUGAAGAAUUGAACAUGGAUUUGUUUAGGAAAUGUAUGGAACCUGUUGAGAAAUGUCUUCGAGAUUCCAAGCUGGAUAAGAGUCAAGUUAACGAGGUUGUUCUUGUCGGUGGGUCGACAAGGAUUCCCAAAGUUCAGCAGCUCUUGCAAGAUUUCUUCAAUGGCAAGGAACUUUGUAAGAGCAUAAAUCCUGACGAGGCAGUCGCUUAUGGUGCUGCUGUACAAGCGGCUAUUUUGAGUGGUGAAGGGGAUGAUAAGGUUCAAGAUUUGCUUCUUCUUGAUGUUACACCUCUUAGUCUUGGUAUUGAAACCGCCGGCGGUGUGAUGACUGUGUUGAUUCCGAGAAACACAACGAUUCCGACAAAAAAAGAACAGAUAUUCUCUACUUAUUCUGAUAAUCAACCAGGGGUUUUGAUUCAAGUGUAUGAAGGUGAAAGGGCAAGAACCAAAGACAAUAACUUGCUUGGUAAGUUUGAGCUCACGGGUAUCCCACCGGCACCGAGAGGUGUCCCGCAGAUCAAUGUAUGUUUUGACAUCGAUGCAAAUGGGAUCUUGAAUGUGUCUGCAGAAGACAAGACAGCAGGAGUGAAGAACAAGAUCACAAUCACUAAUGAUAAAGGAAGAUUGAGUAAAGAAGAGAUUGAAAGAAUGGUACAAGAGGCAGAGAGAUAUAAAGCAGAGGAUGAACAAGUGAAGAAGAAGGUGGAAGCUAAGAAUGCACUUGAGAACUAUGCUUAUAAUAUGAGGAACACCAUUAAAGAUGAUAAGGUUGGUGGUAAACUUGAUCCAUCAGACAAAGGGAAGAUGGAGAAAGCCAUUGAUGAGACCAUUGAAUGGCUUGAUAGGAACCAAUUGGCUGAGGUCGAUGAAUUGGAAGACAAAUUGAAGGAACUUGAAGGAUUAUGCAAUCCCAUCAUUGCCAAGAUGUACCAAGGUGGUGGUGGUGGUGGUGAUGUGCCCAUGGGUGGUGCUGAGGCUGGGUCUGGUGGCUCUGCUGCAGGACCCAAGAUUGAGGAAGUGGAUUAAUUCUACUCCUCACCUUGUCAUGCAUAUGAAAAUGAAAUUUGAUGGUGUUUACCUCUGUUUUCCAUUGUAUGCAUGAAUGCAUCUAUGUAUCUAUCUAUCUAGGGAGCUUUGAGAUAGAAAUAAAUCAAAACAUUGUAGAUGUAUAUGCUUUUGCAGCCAAUAUAAUAAAAAUUACCAC